GCGUAGUCAAUAGCAAACGUAAGGACAGAUUUGAAACAAGUUUUAGUGGAACUAUGGAAAACGGGUCACCCAAAUUGUGCAUUUGUCAAAUAUGUACUUGCGGUCGACAUAAAUGUCCACAUCGAAGACGUAGCCUGUAUGUAUCGAAACCAUGUGAAAUUUCGGAAUAUAAUACACAAUUUAUUCCUCGUGAGCUUGUACCAGUGAAAUCAUGUAAACCACCUCAUAGAGGUGUAGCAGGUGAAGGUCCAAUGGCAUCGGAUACUACAAUGCGCCUUGAUUAUGUACCGCAUCCACUGAGUAUGACACCUAGCGCUAAAAAAGAACCAAAUCUUAAAUCAGGACAGGGAACAUUCGACGGUUUGACAACAUAUACAAAGGAAUAUACUGGAAAACCUGGUCAAUUAGUUGUUCCAAUCAAGCCAGUUGUUAGAAAAGGUUCAACAGCUAAAUUUGGCGGUGAAUCCACAUUUACCGCUCAUUAUAGACCAUGGGUAAUGGAGAAACAUGAACUAGCUCCAGGUAGACCAGCAAGCUUAGUGACACCGAAUGUACCAUUUUCUGGUACUUCCACUUAUACAUCUCAUUAUGUUGGACAUAAUGAAAAACCUCCAGCCAGUUGUAAACCACGUCGUCGUUUUCCUGACAAUCAAACGCCCUUUUCAGAUAGUACAAAUUAUCGUGAUGCAUAUCGUACAUUGGACUUGACAGAACGAACUCGACCAAUAAAACAUCCCGAUCAUGCCGGUAAGCCUACUGCACCGAUUGAAAGUGAUACAACGCAAAAACGUGAUUAUUACUGGAAGACAAUAACACGAUCAGCUUCAUGUAAGCCGGAAUACAUGGGUAUCCAGUGUAAAGAACCAUUCCCGAAAGAUACAACUCAACGAACUGACUAUAAAUCUUGGGGACAAACAGAGAAACGUGGACCUAUCAUCCCAAUGACUUCUUUGACUUCACAAGGAAAAAUAAGUUCUGAUACAACUUACAACAAAUAUUAUGUACCAUUUGAAGCUCAAAAAAGUCAAACAAUACAUCCAGUCGAUAAACUUGGAGUUAAAUUACCACCAUUCCAUGGAAUUUCCGAUUAUAACGACAGUUAUCGACGUUGGUCAACUGAACCACUUGUUAAAAGUUUAGGCAGAGGACCAUCGUUUACUAUACCGAAUGUGAAAUUCAAAGGAAAAAGUACCACAAGUGAUCAUUAUAAGCCAUAUUCGGAUUAUCGACCGCCGGAAUCUAUUAAACCACACACUCACCUACCAACUACUGAAGGACCUUUCGAAGAUGCAACUUUAUAUCGAAUGGACUAUACACCGAAAUAUGUGGAACCUUGUCCAGCUAGUCUACUUAACACUAGUGAAAGCAAAUAUGUUUACAACUCAACGAAUGAAACAGGACAUGAUAUCUAUUGCAGGACAUCGAAUUCCUUAUCUACAACAACUACUGAUCAACGUCCAGUCACAUCGCCAAAUGAAACAUUUAUCAUCACAGAUGGAGACAGAGAACCAGAACCUGAAAUGUUACGCUCAUAAUAAUAAUCAAUAAUGUGUGUGUAUGUGUGUAUGUGUGUACGUGUAUGUAUUACUCACGAUCAUAUCUCUUCUUCUUCUUACUUCAUUGAUUAGAGAGACAGACAUAUAUUAUUGAUUUUUCAUCGAUUUGACUGUGAUCAUUUGAUUUAUUAUUAUAGUGUUCUUCUUUUCAUAUUUCUUAUUUCAAUCAGUGAAGAGCAUUUUUCAAAUGUGUUGGUUGAAUAGACAUCAGCCACAGCAGCAGCUGCUGCUCAAUAUUCUUCAUUGUUAUUUUUUUUUUGCAAAAUUUGAAAUUCCGUCGAACAGAUUUGAUUUUUAAAAGCUCAAUUGUUAAUUUUUUAUUAACUUUGUCAAUAGUUAUGAUUUGUUCUAUCUAGUCAGCAUAGUAGAGCAGCACUCUAGUCAUUUUAUCAGUCAUUAUAAUCAUUAUUAUUAUUAUUAUUAUUUUU